GAUCACAGUGGCGAAGGAUGAUCGGUUCCGACGACGAGCUGAGGCGCGACUGACAGCAGCACGGUCACGUGACCGCAGCUCUGUUUACAGAGGGGCCGUGUCGCGGCGGCUCGUGCGCUCACACCGCUGUUGUGGUGGUUGUGAUGUCGGUCCGCAUUCAUCGAUCUGCUGCUCCUGACAGCACGACUGACGGGCUCCUGCACGGCCGAGCGUGCGUGUGCGCGCGCGCGGCUGUCGGUCCAGAGUUUGGGUGAAACAAAAAUCUCCAGAAAACCUGAUUUUGGACAGCAGCAGCAUCCGUACUCGGCUGCAUGAGACGGAUGACGUCACGUGUUUCCUUCCUAAGCCAUCACCAGGAGGAGGAGUUCAACUGGCUGCUGAAAGAAGAAGUCCACGCCGUCCUCAAGCAGCUGCAGGAUGUUCUGAAGGAAGCGUCUCGACGUUUCUGCAUGCCGAGCCCGGGCCUGGAGAGUCAGCUGAAGCAGGAGAACUUCAUCCUGGGCAGCUCAACCAUGGACCAGGUGAAGGGGGUGCUGACUCUGCAGGGGGAGGCGUUGACUCAGGCUGACAUUAACCUGAAGAUUGCAAAGAGCAGUCAGGUGCUGCACUUUCAGUUCAGAGAAGACAAGCAGUGGAAGCUGCAGCAGAUCCAGGAUGCCAGGAACCACGUCAACCAAGCUCUGCAGCUGCUCAGCAGCCGGGAUGAGACGUAUCACUUCAAGACUGGGGCUGAGGUCAACAAGCUCAUGGAUGCUGUGAUGCUACAACUGACUCGAGCACGGAACCGCCUCACCACCCCCGCCUCCAUGACGCUGCCAGAGCUCGCCACAAGCGGUCUAAUGAAAAUGUUCACCCCCCCAAUGCCAGGAGACGCGAUGAUCAAUUUUUAUAUAAACCUGAGCAAGCUGUGCCUGACCGUGUACCAGCUGCAUGUGCUGCCUCCCAACACCACCAAGAAUUUCAGGCCAGCAGGGAGCUCGGUGCUGCACAACCCCGGAGCUAUGUUUGAGCUCAACAACAACCGCUUCGAGGUCAGCCAUGUCCACAAGGUGGAAUGCGUGGUCCCCUGGCUCAACGACACUCUGGUGUUCUUCACCAUCUCCCUGCAGCUCUGCCAGCAGCUCAAGGACAAGAUAUCCGUCUUUUCCAGUUUCUGGAACUACAGGCCCUUCUAAACCUCAUUCCGUCUGAUCCAGAGUGACCGUCCACUGGGGUGCAGGGACACGCCAGCUUUGUGUGUGUGUGUGUGUGUGUGUGUGUUCAUCAGCUCAACUCCUUCAUCAUAAGCCAUGCUCUACUGCGUGGGAUCAGGAUUUUAGCUAGAGAAUCUGCCCCCCCACCAUAGCCGACAUGUUCACCGAUGCUGCUGAAGCUGAAAUCCUUCAUCCAUGAAGUGUUGACCAGGAGCUGAACCUCCUUCUGAGAUGAAAACAUUCCUGCAGAAUGACACACUAAAACCCAUCAGCGUCACAUGCAGUCCCUCUGUGGUCGUCUCUGCGAGCAGGUCUUCAUUCCAUUCAAGAAAACGCCAUCCCCAGAGCAGAUGGGGUUCAGAAACAUCCGUCACCAAAGUCUGGGGACUGUUAGGAUGAGGGGGGACUCGCUCCACAGUGAGGAGUCCCUAACAUUCUGGAAUCAGGAGAAACUGCAGUGAAUGUAGUGAUGGAGAUGUGAAGGAGUUCUGCCUCCUGCUGGGAUGGACCAACCGCUACAGUAUCCGUUCUGUGCAGACCUGGACACAUCCCCAUACUUCGUCUUCCUCAUCCAGAGUCAGUGCUGAUCUUUAGGAAACUCUAAACCAACACAAGUAUGAAGUGACUGUAAUAGAGAUUCUGGGUUCGACCUUCCCGUAAUGAAACCACUGAUAAGCUGCAUGUGUCUGUGCUCGUAUUUAUUAAUCCUGUCAGGAUCCAGUGAGUGUUGUUUCCUAAAGCUGUCAGUGAGAUGAUUCGUUGUGCAAUAAAGCUGCUAAAGCAGGUGUCUCACAUCA